UGGUCGCAUCGCCGCUUUCUUCUCUCCUCCGAGUCGAUUCAUCCUCUGACCUCAGGCGAGCGACUUCAGGGAGUUUUGCGCUCGUUUCGGUCAUAAAACUCCCGUUUGCCAUCUCCCUCGAUAUCUAAAUCUACCGCAGAUCGCACCCCCCCCGCUUCCAGGCCUUCACCGCGCUCGAUUCGUUGGCGCUGUCGAGAGUCGUCCAACCCGUCCAAUAUCUCCGGUCUACACCCCUCCAAUCGCUCCGUCAAGUCUACUGCCAUUAUGUCAGAUACCAAGGACCAGGUUGCGGUGCAAACGUCCGCCAGCCCCAACGACCAUGGCCCAUCUUCCGAAUCGGCCAAGCAACAUACCUCGGUGACGGUCGAUGCCAACACCCCUGAUGCGGACUCCGGAUCCGAGGUGCCUGCGGAUCAACUCGAUCAGAAGAAAAAGGGUCGCUUUGCGUAUUUCAGGACCAAAGAGUUCUACAUCAUCCUGGUGCUAGGUCAGGUGCUCGCGAUCACGAAUACAGCCACCAGUACUUUCAGUACCCUCCUAUCGGACGAGGGAACCUCAAUCCCGGCUUUCCAGACCUUCUUCAACUAUGUGCUGCUGAACCUCAUUUUCACGCCUUAUACCAUGUACCGUUACGGCAUCAAGGGCUGGUUCCAAAUGGUGCUGCGCAACGGCUGGAAGUACAUUAUCUUGGCUUUUUGUGACGUGGAGGGCAACUACUUCAUCGUGCUGGCAUACCGCUACACUACCAUGCUGAGCGCCCAGCUGAUCAAUUUCUGGGCCAUCGCCGUGGUGGUUGUGAUUUCCUUCCUCUUCCUGCGUGUCCGGUAUCACAUUACGCAGGUCCUCGGCAUUCUGAUUUGUAUUGGUGGCAUGGGUGUUCUGAUCGGGUCCGAUCACCUCACCGGCACCAAUGGCGGUGACAUCUCGCGCGGCGACCAGAUCAAGGGCGAUCUCUUUGCCCUCUUGGGCGCCACUUUCUACGGUCUCGCUAACACCGGUGAGGAGUAUUUCGUCAGCAUGCAGCCGGUGUACGAAGUCCUGGGCCAGAUGGCCUUCUUCGGCAUGAUCAUCAACGGGGUCCAGGCCGGUAUCUUCGACCGGCAUUCUUUCAAAAUCGCCGUCUGGAACGGCAAGGUCGGCGGCUACCUGACCGGGUACACGCUGUGUCUCACCCUCUUCUACUGCAUGGCCCCGCUCCUGUUCCGUCUGUCGUCGGCCGCCUUCUUCAACAUCUCCAUGUUGACCAUGAACUUCUGGGGUGUCAUCAUCGGCGUCAAGGUCUUCCACUACGACAUCCACUACCUGUAUCCCAUCGCUUUCGUGCUCAUCAUCAUCGGCCAGCUCAUCUACUUCCUGGGCCGCCGGGUGCUGGGCGAGGCGCGGAAGCCCUGGCUCGGUCGGAACCAGGAGCGCGGCGUCUCCGGGUUCUUCACCGCGAAGAAAAAGAUCGACACCACCGUCGGCUCCUCCCAUAAUCCUAAUUCCGCCGCCCCCGGCAAUACCAGUGUCGUUUAGCGUUGUGGCGUUGGGGAACUCUGCAGCUCGCUUUUUUUCAUUUUUUGUUGUUUCUGCACCUGCUAAUGAUUGCCUGCAUUGACGUUGAUCUAUACAUACUUAUACACUUAUACGCAUGAGGGAUGGAAAGAUGAUGCUUGUUGACGUGCAUAAUUUUUGAAAAGUUCUUGAUGUUUUGAUGUUGACGAUUUACAAUAUCUAUAUACCGAGUUGGUUUUAAUAAUAGUACCUUGAG